AGACCAAAAUAUUUGUGAGUAACGCGUUGCUGCGACAGAACCACAAUUUGUUAGUGAUGCUGUCGUGAAUUAAUAACUAUUUAUGAAUCAGGUUUGGCUUUUUCGACCUCAUAUUUUAACGAUGGCCUCAUUUGGCUGGAAGCGUAAGGUGGGGGAGAGAGUUUCCAAGACGACGGUGCAGCAGUUUCAGCAGGAAUCCGAGCAGGUGGAUGAUGAGGAUGAUGUAGAGAAGGAGGGAGUUGAUUGGCUGCAUGUAAUCAAACGGCGACGAGAGGUGCUGCUGGAGGAUUGUGCUGCUAAGAGCAAAAGACUUAAGGAUGAAGGAACGCUGCUCGCCGAGCAGGGCAGGAACUGGGAGGCAUUGAAGAGGUGGGACGACGCGCUUCAGCUUACACCAGACGAUGCCGUUCUGUAUGAGAUGAAGUCACAGGUGUUGAUCACCCUUCAAGAGGUGUUCCUGGCUGUGCAGUCUGCAGAGAUGGCCACCAAGCUCCGCCCCCUCUGGUGGGAGGCGUGGCAAACUCUGGGCCGCGCCCAACUAAGUCUUGGCGAAGUGGAGCUAGCUUUACGAUCCUUCCAAGUGGCAGUGCACCUGCAUCCGUCUGAUCGCCUUCUCUGGGAGGAAGACCUAGGCUGGGCCUUACAGCUCCGGGAGAAGCAACAAGCUGUCCGUGAAAGAGCGUCACAGGAAGAUGAAGCCCGAAGGCUCCUUGUGGAAGCUCCAGAGCUAAAAAGCGAUUAUGAUUUUGAAAGCGAUGAAGUGAUUGAGGCUUGCACAGCCAUAGCUGACAGACAGAAAAAAUAUGAGGACUUAAAGAAAAUGGCAGUUGUUGUGGACACAUGCGGGGUGGCCAAAGAGGUGGUUGUUGAGGAUGACAACAAACCCACUUCAUCCUCACAGAGUGUUUUAGUCAAGGCACGAGGACUCUAAGGGAAAUGGAGGCUGAUUUUUUUUUUUUUUUUGGUCUCCUCAUCUGUGUAUAUUGUUUAGAUUAUGUAUGUAUGUACUGUUGAUUUGAUAAUCCAGGGUUCUGAUUGGCUUCCUCAUAUUUUAACACAGUUACUAUCCCCAGAGAAUUUGUAAAGUGAGCACCAGAUUCCCAGAAGAAUCUGAAAUGCUUUUGGAUCAUUUUCACUCAAACAAGAACAUAAAUUCCUUCCUUUUACUGAA